AUGAAACUCAACCAUCUCUUCACUUUUUCGAUAUGGUUCAUCAUCCAAGGCCUUAUAGUUGAGGCCGGAAACAGUGAUAUGAAGAAGUAUAUCAAGUCAUCAUCCUUGCUCACAUGUAUGGAAGAUUCAGAAUUUAGUUCCAGCUAUUUUGAGGUCACGUUUUACCCCGACAACAGUACGGCCGUGAUUGACAUUGAUGGAAACUCUCUUAUUAGUGGAUACGUCACCGUAGACUUGUCGCUUGUUGUUUACGGUUUGAAUGCCUACUCUACCACCGUUGACUUAUGUUCUUUGGACUAUGCAACACUGUGUCCAAUUUCCUCAGGAAGACUUAGUAUUAGUGGAUACAGUUACACAAUUACAAGUGACAUGAUCGACCAGAUUCCGAGUAUUGCAUACACCAUUCCGGACUUAGAUGCCUACGUCAAAGUUGUGGCUUACUCUAGUAACGACACCUCGAAGACUUCACCGUUAGCAUGUGUGAAGGCUAACUUUAGCAACGGAAAAACAGUGCAAACCAGGUACGCCGGAUGGCCAAUAGCUAUCAUUUCUGGGUUUGGUCUAGUUGUUUCCUCUUUUGUCUCAAUUCUUGGACAUUCUGCUACAGCUGCUCACAUUGCUUCCAACGCUGCUUCGUUGUUUAUUUACUUCCAAAACCUUGCUAUCAUGUCCAUGAUGGGUGUGGCUUUGGUGCCCCCCAUUGCUGCGUCUUGGGCUCAAAACUUCAUGUGGUCGUUGGGUAUCAUAAAAGUCAAGUUCAUGCAAAGCAUCAUAUUCUGGUAUGUGCAAGCAACUGGUGGAAGCGUCACAUCGAUUUUGCGCAGCAAAUCAGUUAUUUCAAUCUCGGUCCAAAAAUUGCUCAAAAAGCUUAAACUCGUCAAGCGACUGAGUGUCGAAAGCUCGGAUUCCUUGUCUGAUGUCUUGGACGACUCUGACCUUUACACAACAGACGAAUCGGAGGUGGGUUCUAAGACGCUGGUUUUGAGGGGAGUUCAAAGAGUGGCGUACUUGUCAGGAAUUGAAAUUUCGAACUUAUUCAUGACCGGUGUGAUCUUCUUCCUUUUUGUUGGAUUCGUUCUGCUUGUUCUUACAUCUUUGUUCAAGGGGAUUUGCGAACUUAUGGCAAGGACCGGCGUUAUCAAGGGAAGCAAGCUGAUAGGUUUCCGAAAGAAUUACAGAUCAGUCAUCAAGGGGUGUCUGUACAGACUUUACAACAUUACUUUCCCGGCAUUGACACUCCUGUGUAUUUGGGAGUUCACUAGAGUUGACUCUGCUGGCUGUGUCGUGUUUGCUGUCGCUAUCUUGGCCAUCUCUUUGAUCUUAAUGGUGUAUGCAGCUGUCAUGAUAUUGAUAUCUGGCUCAAGAUCUACAAGAAAGUUCAAAAAUCCAGCAUAUUUACUGUUUGGAGACGAGAAAGUCCUACAUAAAUAUGGAUUUUUGUACGCUCAGUACAAAGCUAGCAACUACUACUGGGUUGCCAUCCAUCUGGUUUACCUGUUUGUGAGAGCUUUAUUCAUCGCAGUUUUACAGAAUCACGGGAAAGCCGUUGCUGUCAUCGUCUUCGCAAUGGAGCUAUUUUACUGCGUUGGCUUGAUAGUCAAGAGACCAUUCAUGGACAGAAGAACCAAUAUUUUCAACAUUUUCAUUGCCGUGAUCAACGUGGUCAACUCUAUUUUCUACUUGUUUUUUUCAAACAUAUUUAAACAACCAGCUGUCGUUUCCUCUGUUGCUGCUGUUGUUUACUUCGUUUUGAAUGCUAUCUUCGCUGCAAUUCUUUUGAUUUUCACAAUUGUCACAUGCACAUUGGCUCUUAUUUGGAAGAACCCAGAUACUAGGUACGAGCCUAUCAAGGACGACAGACUGGCCUUUAUACCAAACGAAAGAGGCGAAGGAGACAAAGCCGAAUAUGAGCUGGCUGCUCUGGGAGCCACAGCCAUGAGAGGCCAUGAUAGAAACUCAUAUCUUAUUGAGAACCAAACAGGGAGCAAUACGGGACUAGCACCAAGCCCAGAGCAGAAAUUGAGCGACAGCACCAGUGGCAGCAGUGUGAACCCAUUUUCAAACGCAAAUGAAGACGAGCAUAGCAGAAACUCCUUUAUUUUUAAGGCGGCCGCCAACAACUCUACCCACUCCUCUGUGGCCCAAACGAAAAAUGAAGCUGGCAACUUCAACGCUGACGCUGGCCAAGGUUAUACCAACUAUCGCCGAAGGGAUCUUCUUUAG